AUGACCUUGGUGGAAUUCUCUCGUCCAACUCGCAAGGAAAGAAUCAGUUGGAGUGGCAGUCUAGACAAUCAGGGCAUUGGAAGCUCUCACAUUCGGACCAAGCCAAGCCCCACUGCGGCCAGUCGUGAAACGCCCGCUCCUGCCACUCUGACCAGUCUGACCACCCCGACUAGGGGAGUGCACUGGACCCGACGAUCGGUUCCAAGCUUCUCUCCCAGCCUCCAAAACCAAUCAGUUCCAGAACGCCAUUCUUCACUCAGUGCGAUCGCGACUUUGUCUUCAGAUCCCAAUGCCGCGGAGCUGCCCAACCAAGAUUUCCCCUCUGCGCUCCGCCCUCAUGUAAACAGCGUCAUGCCAUCGAGCAUGGCCUAUUCCGAAACACGAACGCUGUCAAGCGGUAAUGGCCGCAGCUUGAACGCCGCCCCUCGCUUGCCUGAGAGCAAGGCCGUCAUCGAUGACAACAGACCUAAAAAUGAUGAUAUCUUCCUAAACAUCGCCAGAACUGACUCUGUCCGUAGAGAGUCGCUGGGACGGUCGGACUUUCGACGGUCUCGAGUGGGUUAUUCCAGUGGAAGUUUACGGUCGCCAACCACCCGCGACGAAGAAUACACCCCUUCCCCAGACCAUCGCCCCAAUAAUGUUGACAACCCCUUGCAUUCCCAGAAUGGCUCCUCUACCCUCCAAUAUAGCUCUGUUCCUCAUUCGCCAGCCGCAUCGGCUCAUCCACUGGAGGACACAAGUCGCUUUCGCUACUCAGGCUUGACGUCAGGUGCACGAUCUACGAUUGGCGUAACCCGAAGCCGACUCGGUCGCAUCAGCCCUGAGACCUCCCCCAGAUCCCCAGUUGUGAAUAGGGACCAUGAGCCCCGAGAGCGCCGCGCAUCUCUACAUGAGUCGCGCUUCCAUCGCAAUUCCGGCUUGUCUUCCGUCAGAAGCAGUAGGGGAUUAUCCACUUCGGAGGUCACUGAACGCGCUCAAGACGACACCGAGAAAGCGCGAGUGGAUGAAACCGAAUCUAAUCUAUCCACAACGGCUCCCUCUACCGUCUGGGAUCAAUUAGACGAUUUGAAAUCUCGUAUUCGCAAACUGGAAUUGACUGGAAAACUACCCCCGUCGUCCCAAGCAGCCAUCUCGGGGUCCAGCGAUAGACCAAGAACUGCCGCUACCACGAUGACAGCCUUGUCCACCUCUCCCAAACACUAUCGCAAAGCCAGCAGCCCUUCCAUGGAGUCAGAAAACACCGUGCAAAAUCAUGUGCAUCCUAUUUUGCAGUCGGCAUUAGCUAAGGCCAAGAUGGUUCUGAACAAUGACGUAUAUGCCACGCUAGAGGUUACGAUCGCCGAUGCCUUGGCUCUUUCGACCAUAUUGGGCGUCAGUACAGCUCCGUCGGGCUCCGUCUCGGUUGUCAAUGGAGGGUAUGGGUCCUCUGAGCGCCAUGCACGUCGCAAGGCGGAUAGUGUUUGUCGGAGUCUCACUGAACUGUGCUUGGCUUUGACUGAUGCAGAGCUCAAGAGGUGCCGACCCUCUUCGAGUCAAGGUCCGACCUCGACCUCGACCUUGCAGCCCCGGGCAAAUGGUAGCGAAGUCGAGUCGCUGAGACCAACAUCCUCGUACCGAGCCACCAGCCAUGAACCAGAGGGUCUUGAACGGCGCCCAAGUACCAAUCGCAUAUCAAGUCGGUUCGAGGCACGCAGAGCAUCAGUGGCCAAUCCAAGCCCAGGGUCUACUACGGUUGAGCCUAAGCCAGCCCAGUCGCCCAAUCUCCCUACCCCACCGAGCCGCCUUCACCGCAUCUCCACCUCACUCCGCAGUCGCAGGGCACCUGCUACCGAGGACACAGGUUUGGAGACCCCAAACCCUCACAGCCGCUCCCUUUCCCGCGCUAUCACUAUGGCUGAGAUUGCUACACCGAGUCCAGCUCAAAGUGUAUCGCCACGUCAGCGAUUCUCUUAUGGCCAAUCCAAUACCCGUUCAGCCUCCGGUGCUCAGCAAGACCAGGGCCUUGCGAUCACACCUCGCUCCCCACAGUACCCACCAACAACCCCGCAUACCCCGGCAUCGCAACCUCGAACACCCUCUACAUUAUCUCAAACUGGCAUCUCAUCUCAGUCUAGCAUCCCAUUCCGCCGUGGCUACAUGACACCUGGUGUCUAUUCCCCUGCAAUAUCGCGCUCCAACAUCCAGGCAGGAUCCCGUCGAUAUGGCCUUACACCUGGAAUCGAGCAAAACCCUCAUACCUCUCAAAUACAGCCUUUACAGACUCGCAUUAGCGUACCAUCAGGCAAAUCGGUCACCAGUUAUACUCCCAUUCAACAGCCCCGCCUCCGAACCAAUAGUUUGGGGAGUCGCAAGUUCGCCCUGAGACGACGUUCCGCAGUCAUGCCCGACGACGGUGUCAACUUAGACGAUAGCAUCGAUUGA